AUGGCCCUAAGGCCACUGGAGACGAGGCGGACUGAAGGCAACGCCGAUGAGAGGCAGAGGAACCCUAGUAUAUUAAUCAAAAAUCGAGCCGCCGCCGGCGCUGGCCAGCCUCCCCAUCGAUGUGCGCGCCGGGUCGCCGCUCCCGCCCCCGCAGCCGAGCAUAGCAGCAGCGGCGGAGCCCCAGCCGCCACCACGUUCCUCCUGCUCUCUGGCAAGUCCGCCCAGGACCAGCAGCUCCUUGCCUCCGCCGCCGGCGAGCGCUCUCUGGCGGAGGAGGGCGGGGGCGAGCUCGCCGUCUCCCUCGCGCUCGACGCCAGCGGGGACGCGGGCUACGAUGCGACCGCCUACAUGGGCGCGCUCCAGGCGCGGCGCUUCGGGAGGUGGAUGCGUUGGUCGCCGCGGAUGGCAUCCACGCACGACCUCGUGACACAGAACUUCGCCAAACUUCGGGUGGGCGUCGUGUGCGCCACAUACAUGCAGUUCAAAGGCAGAGGUGCGUCAAAUAUGUAUGCCAAUUGGUGCUUGUUUUUGUUGUCCCUUUUAGUGUGUAUCUCUGAUGAUUUUUCAAUCUCGGUGAUAAAUGUCUGUCACUUUGGUGGGUAGAUGAAUUGUGCUGUUCUGUUUGUUGUAUGUUCAGUUGAUGAUUCGCUUGACAUAUCCACAAGGUACAGUAUGUGUGAUCCAACCACACGUCGCAUAGUUGAAUUCCGAAGCAAUUAGCUUGAUUACCUACAGUCCAUCUAAUUCUCAUCUAAUGCUGAUUAGUUUAGGCGAGUCAACACAUAGGACGGAAAGACCCUUUUAUAGUUUUCUCAAGGGGAGUGUACCGUGUGCGGGGGCAUAUCUCUGUUCCUUUGUAUGGUUGUUUAACA